AUGGCGGACGAAGAGGGUGCCUCUCCCCGCGAACUUGUGCUCGAAGCGUGCCGACGCAACAACACCGAGCUACUCGAGGAAACACUAAAAGACCUUGCUGCUGCUGCCUCAAAGUCAGGAAAGAAGCCCGAGGACCAUGUGGCCGACAUACUGAACAACACACGCGACGGCGUGGGCAACGGCUGUCUUCACGUUGCUGCAACAUACGGAAGCUUCGAGGUUAUCGACAUGCUCCUCGACCAAGAGGGUCUCGAGAUUGACGAAAUCGACCGCAUGGAGCAAGACACCCCCCUUCACAAAGCCGUACGCUACGUCAACUCGCUCGAAAAGUCAGUCUGGCCCCAUGGCCACUCCAUCGUCGCGAUGCUGCUAGAUGCGGGAUGCGAUCCAAGAAUAAGGAACAAGGCGAAGCUCAAGCCCAUUGAGCUGGCGGAUCCAAGGAACACAGAGCUGAGGAGCAUGCUACAGAAGGGAGAAGUUUCGAUGCUAAUGAGCGGCGACGUGGUAGAAGACGACGAUGAUGGCCCAACAGGAAGUGCUAGUGAUAGCGAUUGA